ACUAGUGAUAGAUCCUUCUUCUAGAUGACCAAAGACCGGUCUAAGCUGAAUAACUCGGUUUCUCAGUCAAACUUGAAAUUCCACCCCCACAUCUUUUCUCUCUCACCAUAUCCAAUUCCUCGAACCCUCCUUUAAAUUCAAAUGGGUUUUUCAUUUUCAAAUUCAUUCAUCAUCUUCAUCAUCAUCAUCAUCUCAAUCUCUCUCCCAUUCAUCAUAAAAAAUGGAGAAUGAAUGUAAAUGGGAUCAUACAGCACUCAUAAGUGAGCUCAAACAAGGAAUGGAAUUAGCUAACCAGCUUAAUCUCCAUCUCAAUUUACCAUCAUCAUCUUCUUCUUCAAUUGCAAAUGGGUCUCAACAGUUACUACUUCAAAGAAUCCUCUCUUCUUAUGACAACGCCUUGUUUAUCCUACAAUGGCGAAAGAACAACAACAACAAGAUUAGCCCACCAACACCACCACCACCACCACCACCACCUUCUCUUCUUGAGUCAUCUUCUUCCCCGGAGAUCAGCCCUCGACUGGUGGUGGAGGAGGAUCUUCCAAAGUCUCCUCCUUCUUCGGCAAUUGUCUCUAGAAAAAGAAAGGCAUCAUCCAAUUGGACUAAUAAUGUUACCAUUCGAUCUGAAAAUGGCCUUGAAAGCCCUUGUGAAGAUGGCCAUAGUUGGAGAAAGUAUGGCCAGAAGGAUAUUCUUGGAGCUAAAUAUCCCAGAAGCUACUACAGAUGCACAUACAGAAAUGUUCAAAACUGUUGGGCAACAAAACAAGUGCAAAGAUCAGAUGAAGAUCCAACUUUAUUUGAAAUCAAUUAUAAAGGAAAACAUACCUGCACCAUGAGGAACUCAUUUCAAUCUUCUUCUUCUUCAAAUUCCCCAAGAACACCUCAAAAACAAAUCAACAAACAACCCAAUAAUAAUAAUCAUGACAAUGAAAUGUUAUUGAAUUUAAGAAAAAACUUAAGAGUUGAUACCAACAACGAUAACGAUCACACGAUCCCAUCUGAUUUCCCUUCGACAUCAUUUGAUCAAAUAUCACUCGAUUACACAUUCUCUACCUUCUUUGAUGACAAUCUGUUAGGUGGGUAUUCGCCAAAGUUUCUGUCACCAGCCAAUUCAGAUUCGAACUACUUCUUCUCGGAUAAUUCAAGUGAAAGGAAUGGAUUUGGAGCUGUUAAUGAUAUCUCAAACAAUUCCUCCGUUAGCAAUUCGCCUGUGGUAGGCUUAGAUUUCUCCAUUGACAGAAUUGGUCUUGAUGAUUUUGAGUUUGAUCAUUCUGGGUUUUUCAGAUGAUUGUAAUUGGAAAGUUGAAAUAUGAUUUGACACAAUUGAGAGAGUUGCAUAUCAAAUAAGGAGGAUUUUGCUCCUCUGCUUCUGUAUCAUAUUAUUAUUUGUAGAUUCAAUAUAAUUUAAGUUCUUAUGAUAUCUUAGAAUUGCUCUA